AGGGUCUACAGGCAAUGAAUCAUUCAAAAAUUCAAGAAGUUUUACUUCGAGAAAAUUGUGAUUAUUUCCCAUUCAAGUUCAAUGUCAGCGCUGCAAGUUAUCAGGGUGGUGUUUGGGAACGUCAAAUUCGUAGUGUUAGAGCAGUUCUUUCAUCCAUCCUGGAAAAGAAUGGAAGGCAACUAGAUGAGGAUUCUCUUCGCACUCUGAUGGCAGAGGCUGAAGCAGUUGUCAAUGGACGUCCUCUAGUUGUGGAUAACUUGUCAUGUCCUGAUUCACCACUGCCUCUGACGCCUAAUCAUUUGUUGACUGCGAAGACAAGACUUGUAUUACCACCACCAGGUGUAUUUGGAAGGGAAGAUUUGUACUCGCGUAAAAGAUGGAGGAGAGUACAGCAUUUAGCCAAUGAAUUUUGGAUUCGAUUUCGUAAAGAAUAUUUACAAUCACUCCAAGUUCGUCAAAAGUGGAACAAAGUUCAACGUGACCUCAAAAUUGGUGAUAUUGUCAUAGUCGUUGACGAAAAUACACCAAGAAAUCAGUGGAAGAUGGCAAGAAUUGUUGAUGUCUAUCCCGAUGCAGAUGGUCAUGUUCGAAGAGUUCGAGUUCACAUAGGAGAUUCAACACUCGAUGAGAGAGGAAAGCGUAUAAAGGAUGUUCUCUUUCUUGAUCGUCCAAUCCAAAAGUUGAUUCUUUUCUUGGAGAGUGGAGAUACGGGAGAAGAUUCCCGACGAGGGAGCCAGAAAUAGACAUUGUGAAAUUGUAAUUUUAUUUUAGUAUAGAAAUAGCAUUUCUAGGGGAGCCAUGUAAAUGAUGGCUCAGCCGUCAUUUUAUUUAUUGCCCUUUGUCGCCUCAUUGUGGUACUUUAGAUUGUUGCGCAAGUUUGUCUCGUGGUUGCGCCAUUUUCAGGAUUUUGUUGAACAGGCUGACAGGGUUUGUGCUUCUCUGAUUUGGUCUAAUAUAUUAUUCUUUUUCCAUACAGUUAAGAUUGUUUAAAUGUUAAAUAUUGAAGUACCUGCUUGUUUGUGAUAUUAUUAGCCGAAAAAAUCGUUUAAACACUUCUUCAAUUCAUUGAGACUUUAUAUUGGAACAUUUCAUCAGUCCACUGAGACACUAUUUUGGAACGCUUCAUAACAUCUAAGUUAUUUCAUUUGGUCAUCUUUGAACACGAUUUGGAAGUAACAUCAAAACAUUGUGUUGGACAGUUUCUUGGGGUUUCCAGGUUUCGGUGAGUGCAGCAGUGAGUUAAACGACGGUUAUACCUACACGGCGGAACAUACGACUGCGAGUCUGCGACAAAAGGGUUAAAUAGACUGUUAGAUUCGUAGCAUCGUGAACAGCG